AGAAUGGCGGCUGCCGCCUGCAGUACGUUGGAUAACAACACUACCAAACCGCGUAAAGAACACCUGAGGAAAAGUAGAGAUUCGCGGCGGAGACAAGCAGCUCUCUUUUUCCUUAGUAACAUUUCACUAGACGGACGGCCAGUACAGCGGAAAGACCAUGGAAACCGUGACAGCGAGUUGCUCGGGGGAGAUAUCGGGGCGACAGUGGCAGGGAUGUUAACGGUAUCUAGCUACGGGACCUUCGCUAACCUACCAACGUCCGUGAGCUGCGGGGCCGUUGGGAACGUUAGCCCCGUUCCGAGACUCGGAGUCAUCACUGUCCCGCCAAUUCUCGUUCUGCCUUCGGACUCGUUCAAUGAUGGGACCACGGAGGUAUUUCUGGAGAGGCGAGGAGGGUCGUUUUCCUCACAGGGAAACCUCCUCUCUCCCUCAGGUCUCCUUCCUACUCCCCUCGGACGGCGUAAGUCCUCCACAUUGCUGUCGGUCCAGAGUUGUAAUUCGGUGACUUCGGAAUCGGGACGGAGUCGGACUCGUAACCUGUUGGGCUCCCCCAGACAUCGCCCUGUGAAGAAGGUCCACUUCAUCAAGAACAUGAGACAAUACGACACACGAGGCAGCAGGAUCGUAUUGAUCUGCGCCAAGCGUUCUCUGUGUGCAGCCUUUUCAGUGUUACCCUAUGGAGAGAGCUUUCACAUCAGUGACCCCAAGUUGGACAGGCAUAGACAUUCAUCAGGGAACAUCUCUACCGCUCUGGAGAUGAUGCCUGGACUGGAGGGGUUAGACCUGGAGCCCUACGGCAAGACGGUGUCGUAUGCCCAGUUUCUGUAUCCGACCAACGCCCUGGUCCGCCAGAAGACCCCCUCGGUGGACAUUACCCUCCAGGUGCCCCUCAACCAGGUGACCCGGAACAGUAACCCCAGAAACUACACCCCAACCAGGCUGAAUAGCAACGUGGGACUGGACCUGGGUGUGGAUGACACAUCAGACUAUGACCCCAACCUUCUGAGUGACCCCCAGUGGCCCUGUGGGAAACACAAGAGAGUCCUGAUCUUCGCUUCAUACAUGACAACAGUGAUAGAGUACGUGAAGCCGUCUGAUCUGAAGAAGGACAUGAACGAGACGUUUAAAGAGAAGUUUCCUCACGUCAAGCUGACUCUCAGCAAGAUCAGGAGUCUAAAGAGGGAGAUGCGUACAGUGGGUGACGACUGCGGCCUGCAGGCAGUCACUGUGGCGAUGGCGUUUGUUUACUUUGAGAAGCUGGUCCUCCAGGGGCGACUCAACAAACACAACAGGAAGUUGGUCUCUGGAGCCUGUGUGCUGCUCGCCGCUAAGAUCAGCAGCGACCUCAAGAAACAGGACGUCACGCAGCUCAUAGACAAACUGGAGGAGCGUUUCCGUAUCAGUCGGCGAGAGUUGAUCCCGUUUGAGUUCACCAUCCUGGUUGCCCUGGAGAUGGCUCUGUACCUGCCUGAGAGCGCCAUCAUGCCACACUACCGACGACUGGUGCAGCAGAACUAGCACCACGCCCCUGCCACACCCACUGCCACACCCACAGGGACAGGAGCCACGCCUUCUAGGGUCAGGAGACUG